UACUUUUCGUUAUAAAUACGUACGCACUCAGUUGUUUCUCAAACCAGCAAAAUGUCUGCUAAAGUAAUAGUCAUCUUAAUCGCUCUCGCUCUUCAACACAGCGAAUGUAUCACUCGACUAGAAAUCCGAACCCAGUUUCAACCGACUCUCUUACGUCUGCGGGACUUAGCGAACGUGAAGUACCUGGAGGCUGAUCGCGAAUACAACACCUUACUCGCCCAAUUGAACAAACACCAAACCCGAAGCAAAAACUCCACCCAAACUCAAAUCAACAACAUCAAACAGGUCAUUGACGAUGCCAAAAAAUCUCCGAAUGUUACAGCUCCGGUACUCACUUGUCUGAAAACCCAAGAGGCCGCGGCUAACCGUUUGAGUACCACCUCUUUGAACAAUUGUCUUUCCAACGUCAACACGUCCAGUUUGAAGGUUAGCAAAGAAAAAUUCAACAGUUUGUCUGGAGUGGCUAGCAGUACCGCUAACUACUGCCAGUACUUGAACCCCCUGGAAACCCAACUCGAGUCGUACGCCAAAUGCCUCGCCGACAAAGUACCAGAUUUGAACCGCCAGAUUAACAUAGUUGGAAGCGAGUACCAGAAGUUGACCAACUCCACGCUCCAUUACAACAUAAAGUGUUUAACUGACAACGGUGGUAGUAUUUUGGGUCAGAUCGGUGUUAUCAGCUACGAAAUCAAUGUUUGCUUUUUCGCUCCGUUACCGCUGUGACGGAUUAGAAAUAGCUCGUAAUUGUAGAUAAUGUAUGCUUAAUAAACAAAUGAAUCGUUAAAA